AUGAAUCUGUCCGAUUCAGAUAGUGAGCCAUCUCCACGUGGUAGCCCGGGGAAAAGUGUUCCUCACGAGCCAAAAAGACGUCCGUCUAACAACAAUGAGGCUAGCCGCAACCCUUCGCAAACUUUGAAUGAAGACCUUACUAACGCAGAGGCAUUCCAUUUGUUUUCCCGCAAGUUAGACGUAGCUUUAGCAGAGAACAAAAAGCUGCUUUUGAAGGAGUUAGAAGCAAAAAAUUCAACUUGUGUAUCCAGAGAAAGUUCGGUUGAUUUCAAGUUGGAUCAUCACAAAGAAAGGUACAACUUCUUAACAGAUUUACAAAGUGACUUUGAAAGUAUUGAUAAAUUUAUUGACUUUGGUGAUAGUUUGAAUGCUAAAGAGAUAAUCAAAAAAGCUGUUCUUCGUAUUAACGACCAGAAAAAAGUUAUAAGAAUUGCAGAUAAGUACGGCUGGGAUGUGGCUAAAGAGUACAAAGAUGACCCAAUCACGGAGAGUACAGAGGAAAGUCAACGACUCCGGCAAGCAGAAGCCAGGGCUAAAAGGAAAAGGUUUGACAAGAGAAAUUAUAAUAAUCCUUUUCGUACAGAUAGCAGCAAAUUUUUCCAGCAAAGAUUUACUCCUUACACCAGGCAGUUUAGUUCAUACGGGAACUUCGGAGGAUCACAACCAAGCCCAUACAGAAUUCAACCAGACCAAUGCCUGUAUUGCAAUGGGUUCGGGCAUUGGAGUGUCAACUGUCCCCUCAAGAAAAAGAGCCAACCUUUCGCGAUCGGCAAGCCAACUUCAACACAAACCGGACCCUCCACAGAUAACCAAAGAACCUAAACUGUCCUUCAACCAUUCACAUUGGGCAGAAUUGAGAACUCAUGAAGAGGGGGACAUUGCUAAGCUGGCUGGGAAUAUACCGGAUUUAAUUGAGGCUUCAAAAUCAGAGUCCACUUUACGUAAAUA